AUGAAUCACAAAGCUGCGUCCUCCCAGUGCGUCCCCCCAGUGCGUCCUCCCAGUGCGUCCCCCCAGUGCGUCCUCCCAGUGCGUCCCCCCAGUGCAUCCUCCCAGUGCAUCCUCCCAGUGCGUCCCCCCAGUGCGUCCCCCCAGUGCGUCCUCCCAGUGCGUCCUCCCAGUGCGUCCCCCCAGUGCGUCCCCAGUCGUCCUCCCAGUGCGUCCUCCCAGUCGUCCCCAGUCGUCCUCCCAGUCGUCCCCAGUGCGUCCUCCCAGUGCAUCCCCCCAGUGCAUCCCCCCAGUGCGUCCUCCCAGUGCGUCCUCCCAGUGCGUCCCCCCAGUGCGUCCUCCCAGUGCGUCCCCAGUGCGUCCCCCCAGUGCGUCCUCCCAGUGUGUCCCCCCAGUGCGUCCCCCCAGUGCGUCCUCCCAGUGCGUCCCCCCAGUGCGUCCUCCCAGUGCGUCCCCCCAGUCCCCAGCCCCCAGCCCCCAGUCCCCGGUCCCGUAGUCCUCAAGGUCCCCCAGCCCCAGUCCCCCGGUCCCCUCCCUCAAGGUCCCCCCAGCCCCCCAGUUCCCCCAGUCCCCCUAGUCCCGGGCGGCGUGUUCUUCAUCCCGCUGCUUCCCUCUCACGGUCCGCGGCGCUUCAGCCGCUCCGGACCUCAGAGACAGCGUCAAGCCGGCAAGAAGCAGCAGGGGGAACCUCCGUCUUUACGCGCUCCUCCUCUCGUGCGCGCGCCCCCCUCGUCCCGCUGCCUCCGUGGAUACUCCCGGUGGAUACCCCCGGUGGAUACUACCGGCCCGGUGAUGGACGACGCGUCCCUGUCCGACCUGUCCCCGGCCAACUCCACGCAGGAGCCCGGCUGGGGGGCGUCCUCUGAAGGCGCGGAGUCGGUGCACCUGGCGGUGCGCUGCGUCAUGACCUCGCUGUAUCUCCUCAUCGUCACCGUGGGGCUGCUGGGCAACAUCACGCUGCUGAAGAUCGUCAUCACCAACAGCGCAAUGCGCAGCGUGCCCAACAUCUUCAUCUCCAGCCUGGCGGCCGGAGACCUGCUGCUGCUGGUCACGUGCGUGCCGGUGGACGCCUUCCGCUACUUCUCGGAGGAGUGGCUGUUCGGCGAGGCGGCGUGCAAGCUCAUCCCCGCCAUCCAGCUCACCUCGGUCGGCGUGUCGGUGUUCACGCUCACCGCACUCAGCGCGGACCGGUACAAGGCGAUCGUGAACCCGAUGGAGGUGCAGACGUCGUCGGCCGUGUUCUGGACGUGCCUGAAGGCCGUGUCCAUCUGGCUGCUGUCCUUCCUAUUGGCCGUCCCCGAGGCCGUGUUCUCUCAGGUGGUCUCUAUGCAGGGCCACAGUAACCACAGCAACGUGACCUCCCUGAACUGCGUGCCCUACCCGCUGUCCAAUCAGAUGCACCCUAGGAUCCACUCGGUCCUGAUCUUCCUGGUCUACUUCCUGGUUCCUCUGAGCAUCAUCUCCGUCUUCUACUUCCACAUCGCGCGCACGCUCCUCCAGAGCGCCAAGGACAUGCCGGGGGAGGAGAGCGAGCACGGCAGGAGACAGAUGGACACCAGGAAGCGGCUGGCUAAGAUCGUGCUGGUGUUCGUGGGCCUGUUCGCCGUGUGCUGGUUCCCCAACCAGGUGCUGUACCUGUACCGGUCCUUCCACUACCAGGACCCGGACCUGUCCCUGGCCCACCUGGUGCUGGGCCUGCUGGCCCGCGUGCUCAGCUUCUCCUCCUCCUGCGCCAACCCCUACGCCCUGUACCUGCUGAGCCACAGCUUCAGGCGCCACUUCAACAGUCAGCUGCGAUGCAUUCAGGGACCCCGCCUUGAGCGUCAGGCCAGCUACAUGCAGAGCACCUCCCACAUCCGCCUCACCUCUAUCAGGAAGACCACGCCCACCACCGCCAUCAUCGCUUCGGCGGACAAUGGCAACUCCAGCAGACCGGAAGUGGCUCUGUGAGGUGGGCGGGGCCAGUCUGCAGACUGGGAGGAGCUUAGAGGACCUCCUCCCAGCUGCUCCUUUCACACCAGCUUCUUCAUCUUCAACGU